CUUGCAGGGAUGGUGCAGCUCUCCUGAGCUCUCCCCCGCAAAGAGCCCCUCGUCAGUACCGAGUGGAAUGCUAAUGCAGGGGAUUAGGUAAUCCGAUUUCUUUUGUUCUCCUUCCCUUGCGCUCCCUUUUCCGUAUCUGUAUCUUCUCUUGUAUACCAGAUAUUUUAUUGCUUAAGAUUUUCUCUUCUGUCAUUGAAAUAAUUGGGUAGGGACCUGUAAGACUUGCAUACACUCAUAGUUGGCCCUAGUAUAUACCUGUAGCGUAAGUCCCUACCCCAGACUCUAGGUGCUCUAUACUAGGUACACUAGAUGGGCCUAGGUUAGGUUGUUUUAGUGCUCAACUCACCUACGAACUUGUAUAAAUUUGUGUACUUUAGGUACCUACCUACCUACUGGGACUUUCAUCAUCCACCCUCAACGACAAUCCACGGCCGACGAGCAUUCCUCUCAACAACUAUCCGUCGCGCUGAUAGCAACACGACGACAAUACGAAAUCAUUGUUCCAUUCCUCGUUGUAUUCCUCUCCUCUCUUCAUCCUGCUCCAUCGACGGACAUAUAUAAUCACACAAAACCAUGGCAGCAGCCACGACGUCGGCCCCCCCGUCCGACAGAGAGCUCGCACAGCGCAUCCUCGACCACAGCGCUCCAAGCUACACCUUCAGCUUCUCGCCUUUCCUCCGCCGCACCUACGGCCACGGCAACUCGUCCAGCCGGUCCCCGUGCAAGGCCUUUCUCGCCGGCCACUGUCCCCUAGGCUCGCAAUGCCCAGAUUCACAUACUACCGCCGCCUCCUCCUCCUCCUCCUCGGGAGCCAAUACCUCAUCAUACAACUCCCUCGUGUGCAAGCACUGGCUGCGCGCGCUCUGCAAAAAGGGCGAAGGAUGCGAGUUCCUGCACGAGUACAACCUGCGCAAGAUGCCCGAAUGUAACUUCUUCGUGCGCAACGGGUACUGCUCCAACGGCGACGAGUGUUUGUAUCUUCACAUCGACCCGCUGUCCAAGCUCCCCCCUUGUCCGCACUACGAACGAGGCUUCUGCCCGCUUGGCCCGAAUUGCAGUAAACGACAUGUGCGAAGGAAGUUGUGCGUGUGUUAUCUCGCUGGGUUCUGUCCCGAUGGCAAAGCGUGCAAGGAAGGUGCGCAUCCUCGCUGGGAUAAGAAUCUGGAUACGGAGAGACCUGUUGCGAAGAGCGAAGUUCCUGUGCCUGAAAGAGGAGGGGGCGACGAGGAUGAAGAUAUGCGCGAUGCUGCCUUUGGUGGGAGGAGGGGUGAUCGCGAUGAUAAGUUUGGUGGCAGCGCGGCAAGAGGAGAUCGCUUUGGUGGAGGACGGGGCGGCAGGUGGCGUGGGAGAGGGGAUAGGAAGUUUAGGGGCAGAGGACAUCAUUGAAACAGCACGAGUCAAGCGCUGAGUUUCCAGCAAUGGUAUCAGGCUGCAUCUGGCACCGAGUCCAACUAAGGAGUGAGAAGGACGGUUUGACUACGUUGUCUCCCCCCAGCAAAACGACGUCUUUUCUUCGACCAUCUGCCACUACUGCCCGAGAUUGCAUUAUAAUCUAACGACAGCGCGGCACAGGACCGCAUACAGUGUCAUCGAUACGCGGCUGAGGAAGCCAGCCGCUGAAGCAGAGAGAACGACAAGAAGAAAUGAUUUGCUUCAUAGUCUCGAAUAAUUGUCAUUCUCAUCACCUCGCCGAGGGGUUGUAACAUCUCUAUACACUACAAUCCAUCAUGUACCUAGGCUGCGGAAGCGAACCAUGGCAGCCAAAAUUCUAAACAAAGUAGAUAGAUUAGAUAGAUAGAUACCCGAAUGACAAACAUAAUUUACAAUCGAAAAAAG